UUCUUACAACUGUUCUUCGGUUGAGUGACUAAUAUCGUGUAUGCCACCGAUUUGUCCUGGAUAUCGGGCAUUGUGUGUGUCUGGAUAUAGACUCUGUAAAGCAGCAGUGCGUUGGUGAUACGGUGCUGUUGGGCUAUAAGCGCUGUAUUGUGCAUUUUCUUCUAAUCUAUUGCAUGCGAGGCUUGGACGAUGUUGUAGGUAGGUGGCAUGCAUGAUGUAAAGUGUGUUUGGGUGAGCUGGCGAGUGACCCAAUAAGAGCCUGUAAGAAUUUACUCCGCUAUUCAGUACAUGUGUGUAAUAUGAUACUUUUGUUAAUAGCGAGAGCGGAGGAAAUAACGAAGGUGACAAGACGCUGUAAGCUUCGGCAAAUUACUGUUACGCCGCUACCUUUCCAAUGUAAUGGAUGGGAACUAAGGUAAUUUAAUGCUGCCAUGUUUUUUUAUAAUUAUUUUUGUAUGGAAGUAUUUAUAUAAUAAAAAGAUAUUUUAAAUGCAAUGUAUUAAUAACGUGAAAGUGUGUUUGACCAAGUAACUUGUUCAUCAGUAUUAAUCAUGUGAAAUUGUCUGUUAAAGUAAAUUGUUCAUUAGUAUUAAUCAUGUGAAAUUGUGUGACAAAGUAACUUGUGUAUCAAUAUUAAUCAUGUGAAAUUGUGUUUGACAGAGCUAAUUCACUUGCCAGCUUGUAUCGAAAUGACCACUGUUUUUCCCAGUAGUAAAGUGUUUAGACUGAUUGUAUUUCUUUUCUUUUACUUUGUAUUUUGAUGUGAUUGUAGUUUUGUUUGUUUGUUUGUUUGUUUCUUUGGUUUUUUUCCUUGUCUGCCUGGUUAACGGGCCAGCGUAUUAUCACUCCGGCCUCUAGAGGGUGGUGUGUGUGUGUAGUGAUAAAUACCAGCGUGGAUUUACUUAUGAACACUGAGAGUGGGUUGUAUUUCUGAUAGAUGUGAUUUAUAGUAACACUGCUGAGAGUGACUAAAUUAUAUUCAGAGACUUGCCAUCAAUGACUAGGCCCGUUAUUCUGGUUGCAGCUAUUUUGAGUGUUUUUGUGUAACGUUUGUUUAAUUCUUUGUUUUGUGGAUUUAUUGUCAAACACUUCUACUGUGAACAGUAUACUUGCUGUUUUAUUCUUUUCUAAUAAAAGAAACCGUGUAUUCUUAUACUGUGUAAUUGUUCAUUAAAUUGAACCCCUGGCGCGGGCAUAGUGCCCUCUUGAAUAUCUAGACCAAAAGUCUGUUUGGUAACAUUUGGCGUAGUCGACAAGGGAUUUAUUGGUGUGGUACACGGUUAUUUUUGAUUUGAUUUAAGUUCUGGGAAAAACAGUGGUUGAAGAUCUGGAUUAUCACCAGGAGUCUGGAGCAGGCUGAUGGUGUCUUCUGCUGUGAGCUGUGAAUUACUUCUUCCUGGAGUUCUGGAUUCUUUCUUCGAGUAGAGAUAUUGAUAUAUACUUUUUUGUUUUUUUGUUUUGUUUGGGUUUUGCUUUUUGUUGUUUUUUCCCCCCCUUUAUUUAAAUAUGGCUGAGGAAAUGGCAUCACAACUACAGACGUUAACUGAAUUGGUAAAGCAGUUGCAGGUAGAAAAUGCUAGGCUUAGGGAGGAAACUACUCGAAGAGUGGUGGCUGUCCCAGCUGAUGAUCCACUGGAGGGUCCUGCAUCUGGGCUUACUCCUGAGACUAACUCUUUACCAACUUCUGUGUCUAGGCCUUCCCUUCCAUUGGUCGCUGAACGAUAUGUGUAUGUGCCAAGAGAGCGGAAGUGUCCUCGUUUCUCAGGAAAGGCAUCACAAGAUCCUCUAGGGGUAGAGGACUGGAUAGAUGAGGUGCGUAAUUCUCUGACCUUACGUCACAUGUCAGAUCUCGAACAAACUUUUUUUGUGUUUGAUUUGUUGGAUGGGGAGGCUAAGGCAGAGAUUAAGUUUAGGGCUCCCACAGAAAGGGAUACUUCAGAAAAGAUUUUUUCCAUUUUAUUGGAAACAUAUGGGUCUUUUAAGUCUUAUGUAGGUUUACAAACUCAGUUUUUUCAACGAAAACAGAUGGAGGGGGAAUCACUGAGGGAGUAUUCUCAUGCAUUAAUGUCCCUUAUUGAAGCGAUUAAAAGGAGAGACUCAAAAUGCUUUGCAAACCCUGAUUCUGUUCUUAGAGAUCAGUUUAUUGAACACGUGAGGGAUAGCAUGUUGAGAAGAGAACUAAAACGACGGGUACGUAUGGACCCAUCUCUUACAUUUUUAGAUGUGCGUACCGAAGCUAUUCAGUGGAUUGAGGAAGGGGAACGUACUGUAAGUCAAAGACCCCGUGCUUAUUCAUAUAGUAAUCAGGGAAAUGUUGGGGAGGUGCAUACUAAUGUUGCAUCAGUACAGUCUGUUCAUGAGUUAACAGAAUUAAAGGAGUGUCUUCGUAAACAGCAAACCCAAUUGGAUACUAUUAUGAAACAGUUAGAAACUUCAGUGCUCCCAAAGAGGGUUGAUGUUCGCACACGUAGUACUAAGUUUCCCUACCAACCAGACGGUAAACCUAUUUGUAUUCGCUGUAAUAAGCCGGGCCACAUUGCUAGGUUUUGUAAUGUUACUUCAGCCUCAUCUCAGAAUGGGAGGGAAGGGCCAAGAAACUGGAGUCAGGCUACUUCAGUAGCUAGGUCUGCAGUUGACCAAUCGGAAAACUAGAACCCUCCGUUGCUAGUGCCCAGGCAUCGGAUGGGGGGUCUUUGGGCAGCGAAGGAUGUAAUGGUAACAAGCUUAUAGGGAAUUGUCCAGUUGUAGAAAUGAUAGUGGGGGG